AUGGAAGCGCCCUAUAUUCUCAUCGCGAUUCCAUAUAUACCUAUCUACUCAUAUCUAUCUCAUUAUGUUUCUGUCUAUCUAUCCAUCCCAUCCUAUUCUUUCUUUCUUUCUUUCUUUCUUUCUUUCUUUCUUUCUUUCUUUCUUUCUUUCCAUCUAUUAAUUAUCUCUUUCACACUAUCUAUCUAUCUAUCUAUCUAUCUAUCUAUCUAUCUAUCUAUCUAUCUAUCUAUCUCAUCCUAUUCUUUCUUUCUUUCUUUUUUUCUUUUUUUUUUCUUUCUUUCUUUCUUUCUAUUAAUUAUCUCUUUCGCAUUAUCUAUCUAUCUAUCUAUCUAUCUAUCUAUCUAUCUAUCUAUCUAUCUAUCUAUCUAUCUAUCUAUCUAUCUAUCUCUUUCGCGCUCUCUAACUUCUAUCUAUAUAUCUAUCUCAUCCUAUUCUUUCUUUCUUUCUUUCUUUCUUUUAAAUAAUUUAGUUUAUUCUUUUUCAUUCUAUCUAUCUAUCUAUCUAUCUAUCUAUCUAUCUAUCUAUCUAUCUAUCUAUCUAUCUAUCUAUCUAUCUAUCUAUCAUCUCUUUCGCACUCUCUAUCAUUCUAUCUAUAUAUCUAUCUCAAUAUGCUGA